AUGCAAUCACCCGUAGACGAGAUCACCAGUGUCGUCAAGGGCCUCAUCGAAGCACCCACUGCCGAUGCCCAGCGUGCAGUCCUCACUCGCUACUUUUCCCCAGACGCCUCCUUUGACCAUCCCCUCUGCGCCGUUGCUAGUACUUCAGGAAGUCGAGAUGCUGGAGUACUGCCGGUUUAUCAGUGGUUGAGGAUGAUGUUCACACCGACGAUCAAGGUUACUAGUGUUGCUCUCGACUCGGAACACAACCGCCUCUACAUCGAUGCCGCCCAGACGCUCCAAGCAAACCUUCCUCCCCUCUCUUGGGUCUAUGCCCCCACCUGUCGUCUCGUGGUCCUUCUAGAUCUCCAUCGCGGCGGGGAUGGACUCUUCUAUGUCCAUCGUCAACAGGACUUCUAUGAGCCUCAAGUCAUGCCUGGUCAAUUGGUGCCGGGAGGUUGGACGAUUAUCAAUUUGAUCAAACUUUGCUCGGGAUUCGGAUGCGCGAUCAUGGCAAUGAUGGUGAUGUUCCUUAUUGGGUAUUGGAAGCCGACGGCGGGCAAGUCGCCGGUCGGAAAGGCCAUCAAUGGCAAAAAGGCUACCUAA